GGCCGCCCGCCAGCCGCGCGCGGAGGGGCCCGCGCUCCCAUUGGCCCGGCCGCGCCGGAAGCGGCGCCCGGCGGAGGCGGCCGCUGCCCCUGGGCUCCCGUAGCGGCCUGCCCGGGAAUGUCACAUAACAACUGAAAAUUUCGUGUGGAAACAGAAAAUGGCUUCAAGAGGAACAACAGAGACCAGUAAACUGAAACAAAACUUGGAAGAACAGUUGGAUAGGUUAAUGCAGCAGCUUCAAGAUCUGGAUGAAUGCAGAGAGGAACUAGAUGCGGAUGAGUAUGAAGAGACCAAAAAAGAAACUCUAGAACAACUGAGGGAGUUCAAUGACUCUCUGAAGAAGAUUAUGUCUGGAGAUAUGACUUUGGUGGAUGAGCUCAGCGGGAUGCAACUGGCAAUACAAGCAGCCAUCAGCCAAGCAUUCAAAACUCCGGAAGUAAUUAGAAUGUUUGCAAAGAAACAACCAAGGCAAUUGAGGACAAGGCUGGCAGAGAUGGAUCGAGACUUAAUGAUUGGGAAGUUGGAACGAAACCUGUACACACAGCAGAAAGUGGAAAUCCUGACUGCCCUCAGAAAGCUUGAUGAGAAGCUCACUGCAGAUGAUGAGACAUUCUUGUCAACAAAUGCUGGUACAGCUCUGAGCCAGUUUGAGAGAGUCUCAACUGACCUUGGAUCAGGAGACAAAGUCUUUGCUCUAGCAAGUUUUGAAGUAGAAAAGGCGAAGCAAUGAAGAGGUGCGUGAGGCUUGUGUCUCUCCAGUUAUCAGCAGCAUUGGACUUCUCAUAGUGCAUUUGUUUUUGAUAUGUUGAAAAAAAGAAAAGCAAAAAAUACCCCAACAAACAAACCCUAAAUCUCUUGGGUUCUUAACCAGAAGAUAUGAAGUAAACAGCCUUAAGUGCACUUUGGAACCUUGGUGUCUGUACUCCUUAGUAAUACGAGUUCUGAGGCUGAACACUAAGUGGUACUCUAAAAACAAAAGCACGGUAUGACUGUCUUGGGAAAGGAUCGGCUAUUUUGAACUUACCUAAAUGUGUAUUUCUCUAACUAUUAAAACAUAAUCUUUUUGCAUGUGGUUGUAGCAAGCAGAUCUUUCUCAGGAGCAGUCCUAAUGAGUGGAGCGGUUUUUUGGGUGAUUCUUCACAUUGCUCUCAAGUUGUCUUAAUUUUUGUCUGGACUCCCUACUAAGUAGUUUAUAGUAGGAAUGCAUUGAAGCUUUGAAAAAUUGACGUAGUUUAUUUGAAAUGCCAUCUUUCUACAAACUGUUUGCAGAAGGACCAAAAUGAGUCUGUGUGCUGAUCAUUGGCCCUUAGCUGCUUGUUUGCUGUGUGUGUGAAUGGGCACCAUUGUGUCCCAGCCUUGACUGACAAACAAUGGAAGCCCUGUAGGGAGGCUUCUGGAGUAAUUUAACCUUGCAUAUUGAAAUGGCAGGGAAUUGCUAGGAAAUGGCAAUGAGAAGCCCUGUCUGUGACCUCUUACUUCAGCUCUGGGUGUAUAUCUACAUGCUACCAUUAUUUCCCAGUAUUUCUGAGAGAGCACAAAAUAGCUUGCAAGUAGAAACAAGUUUCAAAAGGGGUGAAAAGCUCUCAUUACAUGAUCGGUGCAAGUGUUGCUCGUCUAUUUAUCAGAUGGUGGUCUUGUGGAGAGGGGAGGGUCUGUGCCUCCACUGCGAAGUUAGAAUCCUGAAUAAUUUCAGGGUGUAGGAGGAUUUAUAAUCUCAUUUUGUUGAAUUUUUAGCUCCUGAGUGUGGAGAAACUACUUGGGACUCUAGAUGUGUGUUUAACUUCCUGAGAAACUAUUUUUUGUAAAAUCAAUAUUGGGUAUCUUCAGUUCUUAAAGUAGUGACUGCUUCACACUGUAAUUCAGUAGGUGUUAGCAUUUUGUCUGAGCUAAUUGGAAGCCUGUAUUUCACUGAAACUUUUUUAGCUUGAGAAAUGUGCAUUUCAGAUCUGCUCUACCCUUGGUAUAUAUUCAGGUGUUGAUCUAAUGAUAUUGGCACCCCCCCCCCCCC